UCUCACCAGUUUGUUGUUUUUAAAUAGAAUCUGCUUCGUCUGUUGAUUAUCUCAGUUGGCUGUCUGGUAGUCCUGAAGACAAACUUCUUCCAUAUGCUAAAUAAAGGUUAACCAUGGGGCCCCACAAGUCACGUGACUUACAUUAACUGUGCUCGCCACUUCUUUAAAAAAGGCAGCGAAAUUGAAAAGUAAGCUGAAGUGAAACUCGAGCUAGUUUUCUACCCGGUGUGUUUGAACUUGACUGGACUCAGUGCCCAGCACACACACACACACACACACACACACCUAUCAGUCUCCUGACAGAACCAGUGUUAAGAACACCGUCGUCUUUCCUUUUAGGUUUUGAUUUUAAAGCCUGUGAUGUCAGUCUCUGGUUUUUCAUGCCAGUCUCAACAGAAUAAUAUCAGCACCAACCAGCUCUGUGAAGGAUGGGAGUGUUUGGAGGAUGAGGGGCGGAGGAUGAAGAGGAGAGAGAAGAACAGAGUUGCAGCUCAGAAGAGCCGCAAAAGACAAACUCAGAGAGCCGACCUGCUGCACGAGGCCUGUGAGCUGCUAGAGCAGAGGAACAGGAAGUUGAGGAGAGAGGUCUGAUGCUGGACGUCAUUGACACCAUGAGAAACCAUGCUUCCUGUAGUUACAUUCCUGAGCAACUACAGUGGAUUCAUGUGCCGUUGAGCACAAAAGAGUCUUUCCCAAUUUUUUCCAGGAAGGUUAUACCAUUUGUUCCAACGUUAUUUAGAGAGAUAGCAAAUUAAAAACAAUACAUCCUACAACCAGUCAUGUAAUGUAAUAGCCACAUGUCCCUUCAGGCAUCAUCUUUUUGAACACCACAGUCAAACUGUAUAUUGUAAUACUACUGCUUUUAGAGGUAAACUUUAUUGGAUUUCAGUAGUUUUUUUUGGUUUUUAAACUGUUCCCAGCGCAUUCGCCCACAACUUGACUUGGUCUCCUCACAAAUAAAUAAGGUCAGGUCGAGUUGAUUUGACACAUCUUGGAAAAUAAAGCUACAUGCCUGCAAUGUUAAAUUAGCCUUGGGGUGAAGACUGAAACAAACAUGUGAACAAUCCACCCUGUAGCUGUUUGUUUACUAGGAACAGGAAUGUAGAACCACCCUUCGUAACAAGAAUCUGAGUAAGUAAGUAAUACAUUUCUGUGUAAUUUUAUCUUAUUAUUUCAUCUGUGUAAUUUCAUAUCUUUUUCUCUUACAUUUCAGU